AUCUCUCACUACAGACCUCUGCUUACUACAUAACAAGCUGCAGUCAUCCUUAUGAAACGCAAAUACUGGACUGUGUCCACUGUUAGGGCGACUAAAGAGCCAAUUGUGUAGAGAAGCUGCGCGUAUUAAAAUGUCCUUCUACAGGAAUACUGUGUGGCUUGUCAAAGGACUCCAGGAGUAUACAAAGAGUGGCUAUGAAGCAGCAGCAAAGCAUUUUGUUCCAGCUGACCUGGAUGUAAACCUGAAUGGAAGGUCCUUCAUGGUGACAGGUGCCAACAGCGGGAUAGGGAAAGCUGCAGCGCAGGAAAUCGCUAAGAGAGGGGGAACGGUUCACAUGGUGUGUCGAAACAAGGGGCGAGCAGAAGCAGCCAAAGGUGAAAUCGUUGAAAGCAGUAAAAAUGAGAAUGUUCACGUCCACAUUGUUGACAUGUCGAGCACCAGGCAAGUGUGGGAGUUUGCGCAGAGCUUCUCACAGAACAACACACUGCAUGUGUUGAUCAACAAUGCGGGCUGUAUGGUCAACCAGAGAGAACUAACUGAGGAGGGUUUGGAGAAGAACUUUGCCACAAAUACGUUGGGUACAUACAUCCUCACCACUGCACUGAUACCUGCACUGAAGAAGGUUGAAGACCCGAGAGUGAUUACUGUGUCUUCAGGUGGCAUGCUCACACAGAAAUUGGACGCGGACGACCUCCAAUUUGAGAAGGGGACAUUUGACGGGACCAUGGCCUAUGCUCAGAAUAAAAGGCAGCAGGUGAUCCUGACAGAAAGAUGGGCUGCUCAGCACAAAGAGAUCCACUUCUCCAGCAUGCACCCUGGCUGGGCAGACACACCAGCGGUCCAGACCUCCAUGCCUUCAUUCCACGCUAGGAUGAAGUCCAAGCUGAGGACGGAGGCCAUGGGAGCUGACACCGUGGUGUGGCUCGCCGUAUCCGCAGCAGCCGCCAAGCAACCGAGCGGGCUCUUCUUUCAAGAUCGUAAAGGAGUGGCGACACACUUGCCACUCGCCUCCUCCCGGUCUACACCGCAAGAGGAGGAGAAGCUUCUGGCAGCGCUGGAGGAGUUUGCCCAAAAGUUCAAACCUUAAUACCUCAAUAAACAGUUUCUGUAAAAGGAAAAAAAACCAAGCACUCCUCACAGAUUACUAAUGUUUACACAAUCUAUUUUUAAUAUACAGAAAAGCUUCGACCUCCAAGAACAACCUUUAGUUAAAAUAAAUUAAAAAAAAAAACAAUCUAGUGAAGUAAAUAUGGUUGUUUAUGGAAAGAAGACUUGUACUUUAUUUUUGCUCCUUGGUUAAUCAAAAAAAAAAUGAAUAUACUUCCUAUUUGUAAAGCUUAUGAACAUCUAUACAUAUAUGUACACACUAACAAUUAUGCAUUUUAA